AUGACUAGUUCGACAGAACCAGAACAACAUCUGUCAUAUCCAAAAGAAAAGAAGACCCGCCGCAGACUCCGCCUCAGCUGCGUUGAGUGUACAAAACGUCGUCAGCGUUGCGACAGAAAUUACCCUUGUGGUCUCUGCACGCAACGAGGCGUGUCGCACCUCUGUCGGUGGGAGACGGUCCCGGUGGCUCGCCCCGCUCCUGCACGUCCACCCGAUCACGCCGGGGUUAGGUCUGUGUUAGACAGCGAUGCAAAAAUUAGAGAGCUUUCCGAGCGGAUCGCUAUGCUUGAGCGCUCUCUUGAAUAUCAAAAGGCCAACGGCGCCGACCAGAGUGAUCCAUCGUUAUUCCGGCCUUCGCCUUCUCAUGGUGGUACCUCGAGUGGACAUUCUCCGCUUUAUCCGAACGACGUUUCUCCUGGUCCACAACGCUGUCCUUCUGCCCCUGGCGACUCUUCACCCUACUCGUCUCCAGAGCCAUCGGCGUCCCACGACGAUGGCGAGGACCAACCUGCUUUGGUUUUGAGCCAAGGGACCUUUGAACCUGCCUGUAAACUCAUGCAGCUCACCGCCGGCCUUCGAGGGGAAUAUCUUGGCAAUAGAGGUGCAUGGGAUCUUUUGCAUUCGAUCCUGAGCGAGGGGCCGACAACGACAAAAAUCCCACAGUUCUCCUUGACUGACAUCAGUUCUCUUCCUGAUUCAGAGAUCCCCGUAUACCCUCAAUCCAUCUCCAUUGAUCAAUUGGCCGAAAGAAUACCUGUCGCCGCAGUACUCCCGGUCAUUCUAAAUUCAUUUUUUACCGAAGUAAACUGGAACUUUGGAUUACCAGAGCACUGGCUCUACACUGCUGUCGUGAGGAUGUGGAACACGCUCCGAUACCCUGAUAUACCGGGGUCGAUAAUCAAUGCUUGCUGGCUCUCACUCCUUUUCGCCAUUCUCGCAUGUACGCCACGUUUGGAUGAGCAGCUGAAGAAUGCGGGAUUAGAGAGCCCGUCUCAGUACUUCUCUUAUGCCAAAGCGGCUCUCUCCAUUGCAGAGGAAUCCUUCCACGGCAAAACACGUAUGUCUUCAGCCACGAACGGCGUGGUCCUCGCGUGUCUUGCCGUACCCCUACUCUGCGCUUACCAAGCCAAGGAGGGACGACUCGGGGAGUCCUGGAAGCUUGUGGGAACAUGGAUCAGGAUAGCCCAAGCGCUCGAGAUCCAUUGUGAUCCAGGCAGGCUUGGAUGGCAUGGAUUAUCUGAAGAGGAGAAAUGUCUUCGGAAACUGGCAUGGUGUAAUUUGAUAACUUGGGACAAGUUGUACUCGAUUAUUCUUGGACGUCCGCAGAUGGUUGGUACGGAAGUACCGACGUUCAUUUCGACUAUGUUCAGCCACUCAGAUGGGGCAACGAACUUCUUUAGCAUUUAUCAGUCCGCUUUGAUCAAGCUUGCAAAUGUUGCCGGCGAAGUCAACGUUAAAUGCAUUGCGAUGGAACAGCCAUACUCCAGAACAAUCCGCGACCUGGACGAAAGCCUGUAUCGAUGGAAAUCCCAACUGCCUUACGAAUACCGAAUCAGGACCGGUGAACAUCUGGACUUCAGUGUUUCUUCUCUUAGCACUUCGACCCUCAACUUUCGCCAGUGGUACACCCUUUCGAUAUGGUUCUUGUACGCAAGGAUGAAGCUUCAAUUUGGGUAUCUCACCGGGGCGAAGGAGUCAUACCCAUCUUACGUGUCUCGCAGACAGUGUCAAGCUGUGUGCGUAGGCGCUUGCGUCGACAUUUUACGCCUUCAAUGUGAAGCAUAUGAGUUGCUUUACCGAACACAUGUCAACGACCAAAAUGUGGCUGCUCACUUCUCAUGGGACUUCAUUGGUUUGGUAGCUCUGUUUGAGGCUGUCGUUGGUCUGAUAUCGUUGUUGACAAAACAGCACAUCCUCGGGUCCCCGGAUGACAUAGAAUCCGUUGUCAGUCGGUCCAUUCAACUCUUUACUUCCUUGGCUCAUUCCUCCGAGGGUACCUGUGGCCCUCUCGCCCAGGCUAUUGCGACUGUUCUAAGUACCAUCUCACACGAGAUUUCCUGUGUCGGGAAUCAAGGAGUCGAAUCCACCCCCUUGUCAACGACGCCCUCCCCUCCUGGGUGCACUCGUCGGUUAACCAACCUCCCUGAGCCUUUGUUGGUUUUCGGUGGAGAACAUGAAAGGUGGAUGUCAGAGACGCCCGACGUCAAGUAUAACUGGUAUCCGGAUUUGAAUACGAUCGCCCCGCCCACCGUCGACAUGUAUGCCCAAUCCCAUGCGAGAGAAAGCCACGAAUCGACCAAUUUAUUCCGUAUGAAUCGGUCCUAA